AUGAAGUCAUCAUUCGUUACCGCUAUUUCUGCCAUUAUCAUCGCUUUGCUCUCUUUUGAAGCUUUAACCGUUUCCGCAACUGAAAAAUUCUUAGGAAGCUGCAAACACUCAAAGAUAAAGGCUAAUGGUACUCAAAUUAAAACCGGUAAAAAUGAUGAUGGAUUUUGUUCCAGUUUAAUUCAAGGACAAAUCCCAUCCAAUUUGAACAUGGUCUCCUCUCUUAUCAUUCGUCCUACCGAUGGUCAAAAAAUUAAAGAAAAAGAAUCUUUCGAAAUAAAAGUUAAGGUUAAAAAUUUGAAUACCUUCGAUUUAAAGAUAGAUCGAGCCCAAAGUUGA